AUGGAUGACCACGACCACUCGAAACUGCUCUUCUUACUGUGCAUAUUCGCCCUUUACAUCCUUCACAAGAUACUGAAUUAUCGAAAAUUAGUUGGAGGGCGUGCAGGCAACCAUGUAACUCUGUUCCAUCCAUAUGGAAUGCCAUCGUAUCUGCUUCCUCAAAUUCGCUGGGUCGUCGAAGCAGCAAACCGCAGAUUUCCAUUCAAACAUCAACGGUACGAUCGUUAUGGCUGGGAUAUACUGUCGAACUACUGCGUGCUCUCUUCGUCCUUUAUAAUAGCCAUCGCCGAUCCUAAUGCAAUCAAGGACGUUUUAACAUCACAUUCUCGCUUCCCGCGAUACGUAGAACAGUACAAACCCCUCAGUUUCUUCGGACCCAGUGUGUUGUCAACAGAAGGAGACGAGUGGAAGAAGUACAAGAAGGUUGUCAAACCCGCACUCUCCGAUAAAAACAGCCGAAUGGGAUGGAGUGAAACGGUUCGGGUAAUGAAUGACCUCUUUGAAGAGGAAUGGGGAGGAAAGGACGUCGUGAAGGUUGAGAGCUGCCUCGAGUUAACGCUAUCGAUGGCCCUCUACGUUCUCAGUGCCGCGGUAUUCGGACAAAAGUUAUCCUGGAAAGAAGACGAACGACCUCAAGGAAACAAAAUCACUUUCAAAAGAGCGUUGUUCGAUGUCAGCAGCAACUUGGUACUCAAAAUGGCUUUACCCAACUGGGCUGGGAAGAUGUCCAAGCGCGUGAAGGAGAUUCAAGAUUCAUUCAAUAGUCUUGACGAAUACAUGCUCGAGAUGGUCCAGACCCGAGACAAGACGGACGAGACAGAUCUGUUUAGCAGCUUGCUCAAAGAGAAUGCGACCGGAAACGAAGAAACUGCCCUGAAUGUUCGAGAAAUUAUCGGGAACGUAUUCGUUUUGCUGAUAGCCGGACACGAAACUGCUGCCCAUACGAUCUGUUUCACGCUCAUGCUACUCGCUCUUCACCCGGAAGAACAAGAUAACCUUUAUCGAGAAGUCAAAGCACUCCUUCCUGAUGGAAGGGAACCGACUUACGAAGAGAUGCCCCUAUUCACACGGGCUAUGGCUGCAUACUACGAAACACUUCGCAUGUUCCCACCAGUGACCUGGAUACCGAAAGUCUGCGCAGAAGAUACGGUGCUCUCUGCUCCUAGCGUCGAUGGUACUAGAAUGGAAAGUGUGCCUGUUCCCCGAGGAACACACGUUAUCGUUGACGUCGUCGGGUUGCAUUAUAAUCCUCGUCAUUGGGAGGACCCUACGGAAUUUAGACCAUCUCGAUUCAUAAGGGAAUGGCCUAAAGACGCUUUUAUACCGUUCAGCGCUGGUUCACAUGCGUGUAUAGGGCGAAAAUUCUUCGAGGUCGAAGCGAUCGCUAUCUUGGUGAUGUUGAUAAGAAAAUACGAAAUUGAAAUCCCAACCAAGAGCGGAGAAACGUACGAGGAGAAGAAGGCUAGGGUUUUGGCGACUACGACAGCUAUUACAUUAACGCCUGGUGAUAUUCCAGUUGUGUUUCGGAAGAGACUCGAUUUAUGA